AUGCCCCAAGCACAGCCGGAGCUCAAGAAGUACCUCGAGAAGCGCGUCCUUGUCCAGCUCAAUGGCAGUCGCAAGGUCAUGGGUAUCCUCCGUGGAUACGAUGUCUACUUAAACAUUGUACUCGACGAGGCGCUAGAAGAGAAGGCUGGCGGUGAGAAGGUGCGCAUCGGCAUGGUUGUCAUUCGAGGAAACGCCGUGGUCAUGCUUGAAGCGCUUGACCGCAUCAACCAGGACGUACCCAAGAUCGGACGAUAG